GAACGAUAACAUUCUUCGUGUUAUUAAUUCUUCACUGUGCAUAAAGCCACAAAGUGUUUGUCAAAUAAAGAUCUGUGAUUGGUUUAUCCCUUUAUCCUGAGUUUAGAAAUCUUUUGUCUUUUGUGUUAUAGACUUUCGAAUCAGUGGUUUGUUGCUCAAUUUUUCAGAUUUAAAGACAUUACCAUGAUGAUUAUUGCAGCUCUUGCGAUAACGCUAAGUCUUCUAAGCCCCGUUUUUGGAGUUGUUAGAUAUCAACCGGAAGCUGUGCAUAUUGCUUUUGGAGAAAAUAUCCAUGACAUCGUCGUCACCUGGAGCACGAGGGAAGACACAAAAGAGUCAAUAGUUGAAUACGGAAUAGGCGGCUUGGUUCUAACCGCUAGUGGAAACUCGACACAUUUCGUCGAUGGAGGUGCGAAGAAAAGUAAACAGUACUUUCACCGAGUUUAUCUGAAGGAUUUAACACCUAGCAGUAAAUACACAUAUCAUUGCGGAAGUCAUUUUGGAUGGUCGGAUAUAUUUUUCUUCGCGACAGUACCGGAUAAUUCGUCUUCAUGGGCUCCACAAAUAGUUCUUUUUGGCGAUAUGGGAAACGAAAAUGCUCAAAGUUUAGGAAGACUACAGGAGGAGACUCAAAGAGGACUUUAUGAUGCAGUGAUUCACGUCGGGGAUUUUGCCUACGAUAUGCAUUCGAGUGACGCCAAAGUUGGCGAUCAAUUUAUGCAGCAGAUCGAAGGAAUCGCCGCUUAUUUGCCUUACAUGACCGUCCCCGGAAACCACGAGGAGAAAUAUAAUUUUAGUAAUUAUAGGGCUCGAUUCUCAAUGCCUGGUGAAUCAGAAGGCUUGUGGUAUAGUUUCAACAUGGGUCCUGUUCAUUUUAUCGGAAUAGAAACUGAAGCUUACUACUUUAUGAACUACGGAAUUAAACAAUUGGUUAAACAGUUCCAAUGGCUCGAAAAAGAUUUGGAGGAAGCUAACAGGCCAGAAGUCAGAGCAGUUAGGCCAUGGAUAGUAACCUUCGGCCACCGGCCAAUGUACUGCAGUAAUGAAAAUGCCGAUGACUGUACAAAUCAUCAAUCCCUUGUUAGAGUUGGUCUGCCUUUCUUUAAUUGGUUUGGCCUCGAGAAAUUAUUUUUCCAACACAAAGUCGAUCUCGAAAUUUGGGCCCAUGAACACAGUUACGAGCGAAUGUGGCCAAUGUACGACUUCCAGGUAUACAAUGGGAGUUACGAAAAUCCUUACACCAACUACAAAGCUCCCGUUCAUAUUGUAACAGGAUCAGCAGGUUGCAAAGAAGGCAGAGAGAAAUUUGUGCCCAAGAGUCCAUUUUGGUCCGCUUUUCGCAGUUCCGAUUACGGAUACACAAGAAUGAAAGCUUUUAACAAAACUCAUCUUUAUUUGGAACAGGUUUCUGACGACAAAGAAGGAGCAAUUAUCGAUCACUUUUGGCUCGUGAAGAAUGAAAUUUAUCCGGAAUUCGUAAAGAUAUCAACUGAAGAUUGAGAAUUUAUCAGUAAUUCUUACAAAUUGUCACCAGUUUUUAAGCUACUUUACUCGUAUUAACUAGGAUAUUUUUUUUUUAUGAAGUAUACUAACCCUGUUUUAACUAUACAAAGACAAACUCUAUGUGUGAUAAAUUGAAUCUAGUGAAUUGGAACAAAUAAAGUUAUCUUAAGACUACAA